AUGGCGGAGGCAGUUGUUGAAAAAUGCGAUUUCCUAGCUCUAAAAUUAAUACAUUCUUUGCUCGAUAAUGCCCUCAAGUGCCCUAACCAACAUCAGAAUGUGGUCAAAGAACUUCUUUAUGUCCUCAAAGAAACGGAUAUUACUUUAAAGUGCUUGCGGACUACACUGGCAUUUCACAAAUCUUUGCGACCUGCUGCUGUUUUUAUCCUAGAACGAAGACUCUUGGCAAGUGGUAUUUUGCAUGAAGAGAACAUGGCUAAACCAUGCUUAUCAUCUCUGUUGUCUCGGAUUUUGUUUGGAGUGGUGUCUGCUUCAUCCACGGAAUGCGCUGACUAUUGUGCGAGUGUCUGGAUAGAGAGGUACUUAGAGCCCCAUGCAAACGGUCGCAACAUGAAGGCCAGCAACUCCCAACAUUGUUGGAUGUUACAUGUUGAGUCCGUUUGCACACCCUGUUGCAUGCUGUUGUGCAAAGUUUAAAACUGGUGAAACGUUUAGCUACGUGCAAAGCCGCCAGUCUCCGUGUAGAGUAUGGCAGGUGCACGCGCGAGUUUUUUUUAAAAAUAUAUAAGAAAUAAGGGCCUAAAAACGGCCUUGCACGUGCGAGAUCUGGUCGAGUUCUGCCAUACUCUGCAGAUGGGUACAAAGGGAUGGUCCAACAAUGUUGGGAGUUUAUGGGUCCGUUUGCACGUUAUGGUCCACGUUACUAGCUUAAGAUUUUAGUGGGAAUCUCGUGACAAAGGGUAUCCAGUCACUUCGUUCCAUGGUCAGAUAGUUAUAAGCCAGAUUGUUCCACUUAGUAGUCAGAUCUUUCCACAAUACAGUCAGAACUUUUCACGCGUCUUUUAGCCACAAGCAGAAAUAAGGACGUUACUCAUGUGUAUUCCUCAUUCUUUAAGCUAAGAAGCCAAAAGAAACGCGCUUCUCAUCGAGUUUUACACUGAAACAGUUGGGUUUAUGGUCUUUUGGCUACAAAGUGAUUUUGCUGCAUCAUAAAGUCGAUUUGCUGCAACCAACUUUUUCUUUAGUACCCUUUGAAAACAAUUUAGAAUGAACUAAGAGAAUGGUACAGUCGGGUGACCCUAGGUCCUCGAAACUUAUUCUGUUUGUAGUAUUAAAAUAAUUAAUGUGCUGAGACUGACAUGUGAGAUUUUUUACAAUACAAUGCUCUAAGCUCAACUUUUUUCAAAGUCGCCUUUUGGCAACCUAAAAUUGUAAAAUGGUCACCAGACAUGAAAUAUCAGUUGUCAGAAAAAAGGGACAUAUUGUGCAACACUACAUGAAUGUUUAAAAGAAUCAAAAUGGAACCCCCCACCAUCGCAAUCGAAUUUGGAGGUGGACACGACAUCUCAAGGCUUAAUACCUAGAAAGCCAGGUUUAAAUUAGGCAAAUGUGUCAAACGGCUUUCUAUUAAACAGGUGAAAGGCGCGGCUUCCGAACAGGUUGCAAACGGCUCAUUCUUCUGUUUGAACGGGGUCAUUAAACGGCAGAACGGGUUUUUAAGUUUUUUGAACAGCUAACACAAAUGUGCGAAGGCUCACUCAUCCUGUUUGAACGGGUUCUUCGAAUGACUGAACAGGUUAUAAAGUUUUUCGAACGGGUAACACAAAUGGGUGAACUGCUUACUUACCCAUUCGAAACGGCUCAUCAAAAUUUCCAAACGGGUUCCUAAAAUGACUGAAUGGCUUACUCUGACAAUUAUCUCUCAACCACACUUAAAACAGGCCAUCCAGUUUUUCCUGGAAUGAAACUUCUAUUGCAUUGCAUCAACAAUAACUACUGUUUCCGAACACUCAUCUCUAUUUGGGACUGUAAUUUUUCCAAAAACUUCAUUGGGAAAACCCCAUACGUAAAUGCAGAUUUUGGUUGAAAGUUUGUGUGAUGGAUGAUUGUAGACUUUUUCAAUUCUAGAAGAGGCUCAGUUAUUUAGGUCGUUUCAAUAUAAAAAAAUCAAAAAUUAAAAAUGAGAAAUGUGGAACUUGUUCUCUUGAUUCUCAAAGAAAAAUUAAAGGAAUUUCAUUGAAGUGCAAAUGAAGUGUUUACAUCGAAGUUCGCAUACCGGUAAUUCACAUAAUUCUGCGUGCGCUAGCUAAAUGUGGGAUUAGAGUGAUUACUUGAACUGUGAAUUAGAUACUAAAGACCAGUGCAAAAUAACAAGAGAUAUUUCCUUUGUAGCAGUUUUAACGUGCAGAGAGCAGAACUAUUGAAGAGCUUCAAUUGGAAUGCGUUCCUCUGGAUUUCAAGUGACAAGGAUGAUUGAAGGAACUGUUUGGGUUUGAAAUUUGCAAUUUUGGGAUUUUUUUGAGAAGGAAAAUUUUGGCAAAUACUUUUUGGGGAGCUUUAUUCAAGUAGGGAUUUUUUUGGGUAUUCAAAACUAAUGUUUCUAUUUUUUGUAUUACAUCAUUUAAUGCUUUCUGGAAAUUUUUAUGGCUACCUACGAAAUUCGGCAUGGGAUUUUUUGGUGGGUUAAAUUUUGGUGCACAUGCUUGGAAUUGACUAAGCCAUAAAAUCAUACUGAUAUCCACAAAGUAAAGAUCAAUACAACCAAACAGAGUUAAAUGUAGUCAUGAAAAUAUGAGCAUAAGAUCAAAUUUUGUAGGCAGCAAUAUUGACCAGCAUUAGCAUUUUUUGUCCCAAAUCCAGGGUGAAUGUGCUCUACUUUGGGUAACUUUACACUAUGGUUAAUCUGACAUUAUUUGUGGAGGAGUGGGCAGCACUUCCUGAAUGGUGCCUGUUUAAAUGGAUUGUGUAAAUGAUGUGUUUGUUGGUCUGGUGCCUGUAAUUCAGCAGAAACAACUGAUUACUGUGUCUUCUUGUUGGGGCAUGUAAAGUGAUGUCCAGGGGCUUCUACCUUUGGCACAGCUAGCCCAUUGAUGGAAUUACCCCUCCUCACCCCCCAUGGCUAAUAAAUCAAUGUCUCCCAGUUAUUAGCCUCCACCCCAACUGAACAAGACUCCUGUAAAAAUGAUAGGAAUUUCAAAAAAAGGGGGAAGGGAUGGGGAUUCAUGCAAGUUCCAGUGGUUAAACGAAGCCUGGUGGCCAUCACAAGAUGCUGUACAAAGCACAUGGAGCUGAUACAAGCAGGCUGACAUUGAACCUGCUGAAACACUUGUAGGAGACUGCUACAUGAGGGAAAUAUGCUCACUUUAGUUUAAUAAAUCAAAAAGCAAUUUAUAUAGCCUACUUAAAUAUUCACAUUGCCACAUUACGGUUUUGUAACACUAAUGUUCAUAACAAAUACAACCGUUUACGCAAUGGCACUCGUCACACCUGCCUGUACCACCAAACUGACCAGUGACCGACAACACAAGAUGGUGCUCCUUGUUGUUACCUGCAGUAAAUUUCACUUAACUGCAUUAAGUUGCAAUACUAUGCCUAAAAUCUUUGCUUUUGGACCAAGACAAUUUCAUUUUGUUUUCAGAGUGGAGGAUCAGCAAAGGAGGAAACUGACUGGACCGAUCAAGGUUGAACUGCCGAAUCCUAUGGACUUUAUAAACAAAAAUGACCUGGUGUCAGCCUUUCUUUAUGAACUAACUACAGAGCAACGGCACACCUUAUUGCUGGAAUGUACAGAACUCCUGGACAUAAUUCCUCAUCAGUUUUACUCCAGGGUUAUAGUAGGAUUGUUCUGUUUUGUCAGGUUGUAUGAGUCAUACUUAAGCAAAGAAAAUGAGUACAGUUGUCUUGCUGAAAUUGAAGACUGGACAGACAUGUGGAUUCGCUUGUUAGCCUCAAGUCUUCUAGGAAAAUUCUCUGGUGCUCAACAGGAAACCCAAACUCAAAUAAACUUUCCAACUGACUUUAUUCCACCAGUUCACCACAUUCUUUGUGGAUUAAUGGUUGCUACAGACUCUUUCAAGCUGCUGAAAUCCUACUCUAUUACUCACCGAAAGGUUUUGAAGGGAUUAGAUCGGUUGAUAUUAAAUAGCUCUGGAUUUACCUCUCUUUGGCUUAAAACUAUGAAAUUUUAUUUUGAAUAG